AUGAUGGUACUGCCAAACAUUUUGGUAACGGGUACCCCAGGCACAGGAAAAUCGGAACUAUGUCAGCAGCUAACCAAAACGCUCGGCUUCCAGUGGCAAAACGUAAGCGAAAUCGUGAGUGUAAACAAAUUUGUUGAGGAGUACGACGAGGAAUUCGAAUGUCCGGUAUUGGAUGAGGACCGAUUGCUGGACUAUCUAGAACCGCUGAUGAAACAGGGCGGUUGUGUGGUAGAAUACCACAGUUCUGACUUUUUCCCGGAGCGCUGGUUUGCGGCCGUGUUUGUCGUACGUUGUUCAACCGCUUUGCUUUACGAUCGGUUGCAGGCGCGUGAGUACAACGAUCGCAAGAUUAAAUCGAACAUGGAGUGCGAAAUCUUCCAGAUUCCACUGGAUGAAGCUAGGGACGCCUAUCGGAAAGACAUAGUUUUCGAGCUAACUAGCGAUACAAAGCAGGACCUAGAUGCUAAUGUGGAGCGCGUGCGCGACUGGUUAGAACAGUGGAAGGCGUUACUCAAUAAAUCGUAA